CCUGACACGGCGCAGGUCAAAGUGCGAGACGUCGCUGUGAGAAAUGAACACCGUACAAAUCUUGCUUUCCCUUCUGGUCCUCGGCGGGCCGGCGGAUGCCAUCUAUAAGCGCUGGAUCCCCAACACCAAUUUCGAGAAUGCGUCAAACUGGGCCGGACAGAGGCUCCCCUGCCCCCAGGAUGAGGCUGUUUUUGCAAGCAACAAGGAAGUCUCGGUCCUGGUCCAGUCAGCGCAUUCCCUGAAGAGUCUGUAUAUCCCUCUGGAUGGAGAGUUCAUCCUGUCACCCGGUGCAGGUUUUAUGGCGGCCUCUGCUGACGAUCCAGCGUGCGGUGAAGGUUCUCUUGUAAACUUCGGUGACGCUGAUCACUACCAGUGGUUCGAUCCGACGCUCUGGCAGUCGGUGGGCUCCAUCGAUGAUCUGGAAAAUGGCAGAUUUCUCUUUUCUCUGGACACAGAAGGCGUCCCAUGUCAGAACGACGAUGUUAUUUUUUCCUCUGAGACAUCCUUCCGGGUCCAAAUCCAGGAGCCAGCGUCUGAAAUCCAGCUGAAAAGCAUUUCUGUCCUGGGGCGGAAAUUCAUCAGCGUCGCUGAGUUUGGCGAAUACCUGGCAUCGCGCACAGGGAGGCUGCAGUUCCCGGGUCCGGCACAGCCGCAAGUCACCAACAUGAAAUGCCCGGACAAAUCUGGCUGCUUGUGUGGCAACGAAAGGAUGCGGCAAGAAAUAUGUUCUGCUUUGCUGCAGCAUUCGGGGAAUAAAUGCCCCGAAGUGUCCUGUGCCAAUCCUCUCGAGCCGAUUGGACAUUGCUGCGGUAUUUGUGGUGCCAUCAUAUCGCUGGAAUAUACAUCAGAAUUUGACUUGGAGGUGUACCGCAGCCGGCUCAUCCACACCUUCCUCAACCUGGAUAAAUAUUUGGAGGUGAAACUGGCAGUUUCUAAAGUGCAGCCUUUGGCAUCAGCAAUUGGUGGAAAGUCUCUCCGCUCUGAGCCGAAGAUUCAGAUUGUGUGCGCUGAUGAGAAGAUGGGGUCCAACGCUGGAACGAGCGCCCUGCUGCUGGGACGUGACAUCAUGGAAGACAUUGAAAGUCACGGACAAUCAUUUGGCAUUGCAAAGGCAGAAUUGGACUUUUCUACUGGCGCUACUACCAGCACCCAAAAAGGAUCUCUGUCUUCUGCCGGCAUCGCUGGAAUAGUGCUGGCGAUCGUCAUUUUGGUGUCACUGCUCGGCCUGGGGUACUUCCUGUACAGGAUGGACGUCUUCAGAUUGCCCAGUUCGCGAUUUUUUUGGUCCCUGCGGAACGCAUCCCGCUUAGAGGAGACUGAGCCGGUCGACAACAUGGGGUUCAGCAACCCAAUUUUUGAGCCCACAGUAGAAAAUGAGGAGUUUAAAAGUCCCUAA